CGAAUGUUUUGUAAAUACGAUAUUAAAUAUAUAAUUCGAUACAAUGGGGACGUGUUAUGAAAAACAUCCAUUUGAGAUCGAAACUGAGGACCGUCUCACAUCUAUAAACACGAAAAUAUACGAAAUCAAAAAGAAAAUACAGCUGUCAGAGGGCCAAAGGAAAUCUAAUUACGAAGAAAACGAAGCCGAGAAACAGCAGAACAAUGAUCUAAUAGAGGCGCUGAAGAGGGAGAUAAAGUCACGUGUCGCCGAACUGAUACAAGCUAGAUCAGCUAUAGGAGAAGACGAAGUACAUGUCAAGAAGUACUUGAAUGACAUCUGUCCUAUUGGAGACAAAACAGCGGAUCAGAUAGCCCAUAAUUUAGAUCUAAAAGUCAUUGAACAGCGUAAAAUUUUGGAUUUACUGAAAUACGAGAGACGCAGUAAAAAGAGGAGACUCACGGAACUGGAGAAAGAAUACGAAAGCCUCUUGAUUGAGAACAGCAAAGGUGAACUUGUCAAAUCGAAAAUUUCUAGUCGCGCCAGAAAGCUCGUUUCGCAUUUAGAGAACGAAAUUCAUAAAGUGUUAAUACAAUGGACAGAAGCGGAACUGGUCAAGAAAAAGUACUUUUCUAUCAGACAAGCCCUCAUAGACGACUCAGUAAAAUUCGAAAGUUCCUUGUCACGGAUUGAAGAUCUAUUGAAGAAACAACGAGAAGAGAUUAAAAAACUUGAGUAUGUACGGGAAGAGGCCGCGGAGAUGCGUAUCCGCGCCACAGCGGCUACGGCCGCGGAGGCUGCACGUGCUCACGACGCAGAACACGCACGAGCUACGGAAAGAGCCUACUUCUCUCAAAGAUUCGGCGAGAGAAAACGGGAACUUGAGAAGUUGGAGAAAAGAGUAUUUCCGCCCAACAGUCGAUCAGUGGUUCGUCAAGAGUCUACCAGAUCAGAUCGGGAAGCCGAAGCGGUAUCCGAGGAAGCAUCAGCCGCAGCUCAGAUGGAAGACAUUUUCCAGAAACUUAUGAAAUUAACUGGUGUCACAAAUCCUGAAGAAGUGUUCGACAGGUUCCGCGCCCAGCGCGACACCUGCAAACGACUGAGCUACCUCCAGCAGACCACCGAAGAAGAGAAACUGGACCUCGAGCAGAGACAAACCACGCUGAUGGCCGAACUGGAAGCUUUCAAAUUCGCUUCAGUCAAAGACAAAGAUGAGGGUCAAGAUCAAAUCAACGACUUAAAGAUCGAAAUACAGAAAGAGCAGGAUAUUCACGAUGAACUACAGAAGAAAAUAGACGAUCUCGAAACAUUUCUACUCGAAAUCAAGAGAUUGCUCCACGACCUCUGCAAGUUAUUAGACUUAAUACAGGAGCCGUCAGUGCCAGAAUGGACAGCAGAAGCGCGCGACGUCCAUGAACUGGUGGUGGUGCUCACAUCUAGAUACGAAAAAGCCAAAGCUAGAUCUGAUGAGAUCAAGGAGAAGAAUAAGGAUGUUACUACGAUCAUAGUGCCUUCUAAUCAAACUAGCGCGGCCGCCUCCGUGGCUGGACUCAGUGUGCACAGUCACAGCACGCCUAAGGAGUCAGACAAGCAAAUACCAACCUAUAAGGAGCUCUUGCAAAAGGAACCUGUCAGAGCACCACCAUCCGAUGAAGAGGAAGACAUCCCGUCAAGAUGCUAUCUGAAGAGGCAAGCUCAAGUUAUUGUCGAUACCAAAUGCAGAAGAAAAGGAUUCCGUCCAUUCCAGAGGCGAUAAC